UCGGGUCGGAGCGGAGCGGUGCCGGGGCCCCGGAUCCAGCCUGCCCGGGACCGGCAGACCGAUCGGCGCGGGAGCUGACGUGCGCGCGGUGGGCAUCGUUAGUUACAGCCUAUGCCUUGAAAUAAUGAGAAGAUUUUUGUUGCUGUACGCCACCCAGAAAGGACAGGCAAAGGCUAUAGCUGAAGAAAUACAGGAGCAAGCUGCAGGCCAUGGGUUCUCUGCAGACCUUCACUGUAUUAGUGAGUCCGACAAGUAUGAUCUGAACACAGAAACCGCCCCCCUGGUGGUCGUUGUCUCUACCACAGGCACUGGGGAUCCUCCCGACACUGCCCGGAAGUUUGUGAAGGAAAUACACGACAAGACGCUGCCCCCCGACUUCUUUGCCCACCUGCGGUAUGGAUUAUUGGGUUUGGGUGACUCCGAAUACACGUACUUUUGUAAUGGAGGGAAAGUAAUAGAUAAGCGACUUCAAGAGCUCGGAGCCCAACAUUUCUAUGACACCGGGCAUGCAGAUGACUGUGUGGGUUUAGAACUUGUGGUGGAACCGUGGAUUGCCGGGCUCUGGACGGCCCUCACGAAGCAUUUUCAGUCCAGCGGAGGACGGGGGGAGAUGAGUAGAGCACUCCCGAGGACAUCCAGUACCUUCUUGAGGACAGACCCCUCGAAGCCAGAGACGUUACACGUGGAGUCACAGAUUGAGCUACUGCGAUUAGAGGACCCGGGAGGAAGGGAAUCUGAGGUUUCGGAUCGAGGUGAACCGAACGGGAGUCCCUCCAGCCCUUUGAUCCAGGACUCAGAACCCUCCCUGGUGCGCUCUGUACCUCCACUCUCGCAAGCCUCCCUGAGUAUCCCUGCGUUACCCCCGGAAUAUCUGCAGGUGCAUCUGCGGGAGUCUCUGGGUCAGGAGGAAAGCCAAGAACUUGUGACUUCGGUGGAUCCAGUUUUCCAAGUUCCAGUCUCAAAAGCCACUCAGCUUACUGCAGAUGAUGCCGUCAAAACCACUCUCCUGCUGGAGCUGGAUAUUGCAAAGACAGGAUUUUCCUAUCAGCCUGGAGAUGCCUUCAACGUGAUCUGUCCAAACAGCGACUCCGAGGUGCGCAGCCUCCUCCGAAGACUGCGGCUCGCUGACCAGCGAGAGCACCGGGUUUUCCUGGAGAUCAAGGCGGACACAAAGAAGAAAGGCGCUGUCUUACCCCAGCAUGUACCCGAGGGGUGUUCUCUUCAGUUCCUUCUCACCUGGUGUCUUGAAAUACGAUCUGUUCCUAAAAAGGCGUUCGUGCGGGCCCUGGCGGAGCACGCCCGCGACGGGGCGGAGAAGCGGCGGCUGCAGGAGCUGUGCAGCAAGCAGGGAGCCCCCGACUACGCCCGCUUCGUCCGCGACGCGGCGGCCGGCCUGCUGGACCUGCUCCUGGCCUUCCCGUCCUGCCGGCCGCCGCUCGGCCUCCUGCUCGAACAUCUUCCUAAACUCCAACCUAGACCAUAUUCAUGUGCAAGCUCCAGCCUGCGCCACCCGGGCGCGCUGCGGUUUGCCUUCACCGUGGUGGAGCUCCCCGCGCCGGCGGCGGGGGGCGCGCGGAGGGGCGUGUGCACCGGCUGGCUGGCCGCGCUGGCCGCGCCGCUUCUCCAGCCAGACGCACGGGCGGCGCAGGCCGACGGCAGAGAAGCCCCGGCUCCGAAGAUAUCCAUCUCUCCGCGACCACCGAGUUCUUUCCACUUACCCAGUGACCGUUCGGCGCCGGUCAUAAUGGUGGGCCCGGGAACGGGCGUGGCUCCCUUCAUCGGCUUCCUGCAGCACAGAGAGAAACUGCAGGAAGAGCACCCAGAAGAAAGUUUUGGCGCCACGUGGCUGUUCUUUGGCUGCCGGCACGAGGCCAGGGACUACCUGUUCAGGGAGGAGCUCCGGCAUUUCCUGGAGUGCGGCACCUUGACUCACCUGAAGGUCUCCUUCUCGAGAGACGCCCCCGAGGGGCCGGCGGGGCCCCGACGCGUGCAGGACAACCUGCGGCUCCACGGCCCGGGGCUGGCCGGGGCCCUCCUGCGCGAGAACGGCCACGUGUACGUGUGCGGAGAUGCUAAAAAUAUGGCCAGGGACGUGCACGAUGCCCUCGUGGAAAUAAUAAGUCAAGAGGCGGGAGUGGACAGACUGGACGCGGUGAAAACAUUGGCUGCUUUAAAAGAAGAGAAACGCUACCUUCAGGAUGUCUGGUCCUAAAGCUGGAAAUGGAAGGAAGAGAAGGAAGAUGGUUUGGCUGAAAAUACCAGAAGACAGUGCAGUUGGACACUUCAUUUUUUUGGAGGGGGGGGAGGGGGGAGCAGGUGCCGGUCCCGGAGCUUGAACCCGGCGUCUGGGUGCCGUCCCUCAGCUUGUCCCCGAGCUGUUUGGGUUUCGGUGACGAGAGUCUCACCGACUUUCCCGCCCGGGCUGGCU